AUGGAAAAGUACUUCUCCGCCAUCCUCAAGAUGGAGCAGACGGUGAUGUUCCCCAGCCUCCUCCGCGGGGUCUCCUUCGAGGAGCAGGAGGACGGCUUUGGGGGCCAGUCAGACGGUGACAAAGACCUCUAUGAAUAUUAUGUCCAGCUGAAGUCCAUCCGAUUCCUGGUGGAGGGCAGUCUAGCGCCUCUUGGCGACCGGCUGGCCAGCUUCACCCCACCCCGGAGAGACCCGGGUGCCAAAGACAACGCCGACCUGCAGAGUCUCUUUUCUUACCACGUAGCUGCCCUGCGUCAGGUCCUCCAGCGGCUGACCCAAGCGGCGAACGACGUGACCUCCAAAUAUAACGGAAUCCUGCGGCAGAUAAACCAGAGUGAAAUUCCCCUUCGGUGGUGACCUUUCAGGCCCGAAGCUGUCAAGAACAAAUCCCAGAACGUCUCUCCUCGGGAAGAAACGGUGGAGGCUGCCGGAGAAAUGUUCCCCGGCUGGACGGGGGACGGACGACAGCCCGAGUUCUUCAAGCACUGAAUCGGACUUCACGGCGUUCUUAUUUAUGCCUGGGCCUGAACGUCCGGGGCUCCUUAUGCUUUAAGCGCUAACCCGGGUCCAUCUGGAAGGACGAUGAGCUCCUUCUAUUGUCAGUGGCGUCUUUAACUGUAGCAGUUAUUUUGGAAUGUAAACAUGUGUUUUAUUGCUGUUAAA